UUCACGCUAACAUGGCUGCAGCAAGCACUAGUGAGCACGAAAAGGAGCUGGUGGGAUGGUUUUACCCAUCGGAAAAGAUCAAAUCGGAGGCGUAUGUGUCCAGCAUGGAUAAAUACAAAGAAAUGUAUCAAAAUUCCAUCGAAAAUCCAGCUGUUUUCUGGGGCGAGAUUGCAAAAGAAUUCUACUGGUAAGUCCCGCCAAACAAAGACAAAUUUAUGGAGUUUAACUUUGACACUCGUCAAGGACAAGUCUUCAUCAAAUGGAUGGAAGGGGCAGUUACAAAUAUUUCAUACAAUGUAUUGGACAGGAAUUUGGAGAAAGGGCUUGGAAACACAGUGGCUUUUUACUGGGAAGGGAAUUUUCCUGGGGACAACAAGCAGAUUACAUACAGUGACCUCCUCAAAGAAGUGUGCAAGUUUGCCAAUGUUUUGAAAGACAAAGGAAUUAAGAAAGGUGACAGAGUGGCUAUAUACAUGCCAAUGAUUAUUGAGCUGGUAGUUGCAAUGUUAGCUUGUGCAAGAAUUGGAGCUGUCCAUUCAAUUGUGUUUGGAGGUUUCUCAGCAGAAUCUCUGGCUGAGCGGAUACUUGACUCAUCCUGUAAAUUACUUGUCACUGCAGAUGGGUCAUAUAGAGGUACAAACCUCAUCAACCUCAAGGAAAUUUCUGAUGAAGCCAUUGCAAAGUGCAAAGAUAAGGGAUUUACUGUGGAAACUUGCAUUGUUGUUGAACAUGUGACAGGUACCACUGCCACAAGUCCUCAUUCAUCACCAGUUGCCAAGAAACCUUGUCCACCAUCACAGCAGGUCAAUUUUAAUGAUGCGGUAGACUAUUGGUGGCAUGAACUUAUGUCAAAUGCAAGUGACAAAUGUGAGCCAUGUUGGGUGGAUGCUGAGGAUCCAUUAUUCAUGCUUUACACAAGUGGAUCAACUGGUAAACCUAAAGGUGUCCUUCACACUGUGGGAGGUUAUAUGCUCUACACUGCUGUUACCUUUAAGUAUGUGUUUGACUAUCAUCCAGGAGAGAUUUACUGGUGCACUGCAGACAUUGGCUGGAUCACUGGUCAUAGUUACAUCACUUAUGGACCCUUAGCAAAUGGUGCAACAAGUGUACUGUUUGAGGGUACUCCUUUCUAUCCUGAUUCUGGCCGAUUCUGGGACGUUGUUGAUCAAUAUAAGGUCUCCAAAUUCUACACAGCUCCAACAGCCAUCAGGUCUCUCAUGAAGUUUGGAAAUGAUGUUGUGCAAAAGUAUAGUCGUGAGUCUCUGAAAGUACUUGGCACUGUAGGAGAGCCCAUAAAUCCUGAAGCGUGGCUGUGGUAUUACCAUGUUGUGGGAAAUGAGAAAUGUGUAAUUGUUGAUACUUACUGGCAGACAGAGACUGGUGGGCAUGUCAUCACUUCCCUGCCUGGAGCAACACCCAUGAGACCUGGAGCUGCAUCUUUUCCAUUCUUUGGAGUUGUACCAGCCAUCGUUGAUGAACAUGGAAAAGAACUUGAAGGAGCUUGUGAAGGUUUUUUGGUGAUGAAACAACCUUGGCCAGGCAUGGCAAGAACUAUUUAUGGAGAUCAUGAACGAUUUGAACAUGUUUACUUUUCAAAGUUCAAUGGCUACUACACCACAGGAGAUGGUUGCAAACGUGAUGAUAAUGGUUACUACUGGAUCACUGGACGAACAGAUGACUGUAUGAAUGUUUCUGGUCACUUGCUAAGCACAGCACAAAUUGAGAGUGCUUUAGUGGAACACAGUGGAGUAACUGAAGCUGCUGUGGUAUCUUGUCCUCACAGAGAAAAAGGAGAAGGCAUCUACUGUUUUACCACAUUGAUGGAGGGUGUGGAAUUUGAUGACAAGCUCAUAAAAGAACUUAAGCAAAAAGUGCGCUCUAAAAUUGGGCCCUUUGCAACUCCUGAUGUCAUUCAAAAUGCACCUGGUCUGCCCAAGACACGAUCAGGCAAGAUCAUGCGCCGAGUUCUUCGUCAGGUUGCAAAGAAUGAGAGGAAGAUUGGUGAUGUGACCACUAUGGCUGACUCUUCUGUUGUUGACAACUUGUUUGAAAACAGGCCCCAAGUUGAUUUCCUUGUCGAGUAGCAUUACAUUGCCUGUAAAACUUAGUGCUUUCAAUAUAGACUUUGGGUAUUCUUUAGUUUAGAACACAUUCAGCUUAUGUAAAUUUAAUACCCCUUCCUUUUUACAAGUGACAGUUCUGUAGAAUCUUGCUUACUCUAACUACCAAGAGGAAUGAAGUUCAGGCUAGCCAAUGGUAGCUAUCUGCAAUUAGUUACUUGAAACCUUCAAUGCCAAGGAGUGCUGUUUGGCACAGAGUUUUUUAACAUUUUGAAUAUUAUAAUGCAUUUCCAUGUGUACCAUGUUGAGAUCUGCGAAUUGAAGUCACAAAAUUGUGAUUUCAUUCAAUUGAGGAUGUGUUGACCUCCUCUUAUGAAAUACACAUGGGAUGAUAAACCAUAAUUACAACAAGCUGUGAACCAGAGCACUAAAUGAAGGUGUAGUCUAAAAGCAUAACACAGGGCAGUUGGCAUAUUUCUCAACUUUUUCAUAUUUUUUGUUUAAAUCAGUUCUCCUGAAAAGAAAAUGCAGUUGAAAGCUACUAAGAUCAUUUUUGAAAUAUGGUUAUUAGUAGCCUUUGAAUGAUAUACUGUAACUGUACACUUUAUGCUGGAUAAGCUGGAGGUUAGAAGUAACUGAGUUUAAAUAAGUGAUAUUGCUAUUUUAUUUUCUGUUAAGGUAUUUGGAAGUGGGUUUUACACCUGUUGGGGUGAUUGUUAUCUUGGUAGAGGGACAUGAUGUUUUUAUCAGCCUUAAGCUACAAAGGAUAUAUUCUGUUCAUGAUCAUUCAACUACAAGUAAUUAUAAACAUGUAUUAAUGCCAAACUUUGUUUUGACAAUAAAAUGGGAUAGUUAUA